AUGUCGACUAUAUAUCUGAUCACAGGGGCCAACCGAGGUCUCGGGAGGGCUCUGGUUGAGGCUUAUCUACGCCGACCUGAUAAUACUGUUGUGGCUGCUGUUAGGGAUGCAACAGAUGAUACAGCCAAGGCCCUUCGAGAUCUUCCCAAGGCACCUUCGAGUUCCCUGAUCGUGGUCAAAAUCGACAUGUCUUCCGAGACCGACGCUACUCGAGCGAUGGAAGAGCUGCAGUCUGCUCACAGUAUCACGGUCAUAGACACCGUCAUAGCCAAUGCAGGCAUUGCAAAGGUUUUUCCAAAGGUCGAGGAUGCUCAGACGUCUGAUCUCCUCGAACAUUUCCAUGUCAACGUGAUUGGGAAUAUUAUUUUGUUCCGAGCUGUCCUACCGCUACUUCGGAAAUCCCAGAAGGUCGGAAAGUUCGUCACGAUGGCCUCGAUGGCAGGCGCGAUCGCAGAGAUGGAGAAAGCGAAUGUUCCCAAUGCCGUGUACGGCACGUCCAAGGCCGCCUUGAACUAUGUCACCAAGAAAAUCCAUCUCGAGAACGAGGAUAUCAUUGCGUUUCCCAUUCAUCCUGGCUGGGUUCAGACGGAGAUGGGAAACAGUUCAGCUAGAUCGUUCGGGCUUGAAAGCGCUCCAAACACAGUGGAAGAGAGCGUUUCUGGUUUGAUGAAUGUGAUUGAAGACUCCUCGCGAGAAUCCACCUCGGGGAAAUUCAUGUCCUUUGAUGGCGCAACCAUUGCGUGGUGA